AUAUGGCCCGCCCGUCAGCAUCUCCAAGGCAGAGACCGCCGCGGAGCUCAAACCCUCUAUCAACUAUGGAUAUGUGACUUAAGGCAAAACGAACUACCUCUAUAAGUUCUGUGAUUUUUGAGUCACCGAUUAAUUGUUAGAGGUAGCCUACAGAAUUUGAAAAUUUUAAGUGGUCACGGUAAGUAAAUUCAGUUUACUUUUCCCUGCAAAAUGACCGCUGUUCUGGAUAGCCUUGGCUCGGAUAUGCAUACAAACCAUAUUACCUCGAGCAGCUUCAGUACCGUUCACAAGUCGCAGGAUUCCCCAACACUGCCGGUGUCAACUGUGACCGACAGCAGCUUCUACAGUAGUUCACAGACAGGACACUGCACAGGGACGGCGUACGCACAACUGGCAUCUUAUUCCUAUCAUCCUGGUACAGUGGGUAAUGUUCACUACAGCCCAAAAGCUUACGACUUAGGCUAUGCUUCUUCGUAUGGCGCUUAUGGAACGUAUGGACCCAGUUCUUCACCCACACCAACCGAACCGGAGAAGGAAGAGAGUGAACCGGAGGUGCGCAUGGUGAAUGGAAAGCCAAAGAAAGUCCGGAAACCGCGAACCAUCUACUCCAGUUUUCAGCUGGCGGCUCUCCAGCGCAGAUUCCAAAAGACCCAGUAUCUCGCGCUCCCAGAACGCGCCGAACUGGCGGCGUCUUUGGGCCUCACACAGACCCAGGUGAAGAUAUGGUUUCAGAACCGACGCUCAAAAUUCAAAAAGUUGUGGAAAAACGGCGAGAUUCCAGCAGACCAGCAGGUUGCUUCCUGUGACUCUCCAUCUAGCACUCCUCCACCACAGGCAGGUUGGGAUUUCCCUCCGAACCAGACACCGAACGACGGGGACACAGUUUCAGAGCAGCCCACAGGGCCACCAAACACCACUGCCCCAUCGUUCUUGACAAACUAUUCAUGGUACUCAUCCACGAAUACGGUUACACAUCUACAGCCCAGUACCUUAAUACAACCUCAUCACAGCUCUGCAAUGAGUGCAGGGACCAUAUUCUAACAGAGGACUAAAAUGGCCGAAUACACCUGUUGUAGGAGGAAAUAAUAGGCCUAUCUUGUCACUGGACUUGUACUUUAGGAGAACAUUAACUUUAAAAUCUAUUUUCAGGCUGGGUUUGCUAAAGAUGUUUGCUGUGGAAUUCUUUGGCGCGACUAAUGCGCUCGAGCAACGCACAUUAAAUUAUUUUUCUAUUUAUUUAUUUGUUUUCAUUAUAGUAAAAUUGAAAGGGAUAAUCAGAUAUGUUUAUUUCACAUUCCAAGUACAAACGGGUAGCCUUUUUUCGUGUGUUGUACAGAAUUUUAGGUUUAGUGAUAAAUCUAUUAAAAUGCUUAUACAACCUGCAGUCAUAAUUAAAUGUGCGUUUUACUAUCAAUUAACGUUUCGUUCUUUGAUUAUCGUUUAUAGAUGUGUUUCAUCAACCCAAUGUUUUUCAGGUUUUGGUCUGUAAAAAUGAUACUUGAUCUUAUCGCUGGAUCGUUUUAUUUUCUCAAACGCCUAAAAUCGUGUGAAUGAAACUGUCUAAGUGUGGUGGUUUUGGACACUCUCUGCGUAAAUAGAACAUGGGUUCAUAUGCACUAGUUUAAUUUUUUAGGUUAGGUCUGAAAAGGUUUGCAGAGAACAUUAUUCUCUGCAGACCAUGACUUUUAUCUCCGUUUCAGUGCAUAGCUUAGCGUUUUUAAUGUAUGUGUUAUUAUUCGGUACAACGAAUCGAAUCCUAUAUAAACCUUUGUAAAUUUUCUUGGUGAGGAGAGGAGGUAUCCUCUACCUCUGGGCAUGAGGGGGAACGCCUGGCAUUUAGACGCGUCUUGGCAUGCGCAGAAGGAGAUGCGAGGGCGUUCCGCGUGCGGCGAGGGCUCUUCCCACUCCAGACUCUCUGGAGUCAGCUCGCUCCUCUUCCAGACGUUUUAUGAACGCCACUCAACCAGAGAAAAAAUACAUAAAACCGCCUCAAGCAGACCGCCCUGGAAACAUUCUCCUCGAGCCCUCGCUUCCAGCUCCAGCACAGCCUUGAGCUAUUCUUAUACGGGGACACACAGUUCUCAUAGCUUGCCUCACGUCUUUACAUGGUCAAGUCCAAUAUUUUUGGAACUAAAAUAGUUACUGGAAUAGGUGGGAAAUCCGGAUUACUCCAAGGGCAAAGCGUACAACCACUUGCCCAAGUGUACAUUAUUUACAAAUUGGUAUGUGGCUUUGCCCAUGUUUGCAUAUUCUGCAGUAGCCUCUCUGUAAUCUAGUCCAUGUAACCUUUUUUGUCAUUGUGAAAUUAGGAUUAAACGUUUCUGUAAUUAUAAUUAUGGCAAAUACAUGUUACAAACAGUA